ACAACUCUAAUAUUCUAUAGAGGACACACGGUUAUCAUCUAUAGAGCUGAAGAAUGAAAUUAAAAUCAAAGAAAACUUCCAAAAAGAAGUGUCUGCUUUGUGAAGGUGACGUCUGCUUCCAUGAACAAGGAGAGACGAUGACGGAAAAACAGCAGACGAUUCCGAACAUUGCAGAACAGACGAUAGGAAUGUUAGAAAAACUUCUCAAGGAAAGAGAAAACAACCCUGAAGAAAUUCUCAAGCUGGCUUCCAGGAACGAUCUGUUCCAAGUAGGAAUGGAUCCCUUCUGUCUGACUGCAGCCAUUGGACAUACAGAAGGAAUGAGGCGAUUUCUGGAGGCUGGGAGAAAUCCAAACGAUUCGUGUAUGGCGGAUGGUAGCACACCGUUGAUGUUGGCUGCACAGAAUCGUCACGUGGAAGCCAUAGAACUUCUUCUUUCCUACGGAUCUGAUGUCAGCUCCCUAAACUCGGAGGGAAACAACUCUCUGAUGGUAGCAAUAAAAACGGGGGACGCUAAAGUGGUCAACACAAUGUGGCCACAGAGAGCCCAAGUAGAUAUUAACCAUAGGAAUAAGACUGGUCACUCCAUGCUACACUUUGCUGUCGAGAAGCGCUGGGAGACAUGUGUCAAGGUCAUUCUCAGCUGUGGUGCCGAUGUCAACGUCCAAAACAAUAACGGUUGUACACCCCUGAUGUUGGCUGCUAUGAAGGCAGAUACUAAAGUAGCAGACGUUUUGAUUGAUGAGGGGGCAGAUAUUCUUAUUGAGGAUGAUUGCCACUGUACAGCAGUCUGUUAUGGAUUCGAAGAUGAAAACAAUGGAGAGGAGUUUGUCAAACAUAUACUUUGUAAAAUGUCCCAGAAAAACAGAGAAGUCUAUGUCAAGAAUCGAAUCGAUCGGAUGAAAAGUAUGGUGGAAGAUGCAGAUUUUGAUGACUUUUUCACGGACACAUUAAUCCCUGUUUUUCUACAUUUGUCCAAAGUUGAACCAGGUCGUGACAUCUUGUACCGAGAUAAGCUGAUUCCAAACAUGCUCUCAGCCGUUCAGAAAUUCCUACGACAUCAUGAGGUUGUCAGCAGCGCGUGCGCUGUCUUUUGCUCAUGCAUGUAUCGGUACAACUCAAUGAUAGAUGAAAGAUUCGCCAGACAGUUUCUGCAAGCAAGAGGACCAGAAUUCUGCCUCAGAGCACUGAAAUUCUACACAGACUCCGGAAAACACUCAACAGAGUUCAUGCUUUCUGUCUUUUAUCCCAUUGUUUGCAUUAACGAGUGCAAAAUUUGCCAGACUUGGAUUGAACAGAACACAAGCAAAAUUGAACCCUACAUAUCUCUGAGAGGUAAAUUUGCGACGCUCAAACACCACGACGAGGUUUUGAAGGAAAAAGGACAUACCUUGUGGACUAGGUUCUGGGACGAGUUUGAUCAUCUUCAGCGAAAUCAGAGAAAUUCCAAGAUGAAAGAAUUGCUAGACGAAGAGGAACGAGAAAGAACCAGAAAAGUGAAGAAAAGAGAACGAAAGAAACAGAAGCGACUGCGAGAAAAACAAAAGAGGACAGAAGAUUCUGAGGAGGGAAUUGCAACUGAACAACUUCAGGAAAAAGAGCCAGAUGAUUCUAAUGAGCCUGGCAUCAAGGAUGAAAAAAUAUACACAGUUCAUACCGAUAAAGAUUCAGGGGAUCACAUCGGGAUUCAGGAACAAUUUAAGAAGGAGUUUAAUCUAGUCAAUGAACUUACAGGAGCUCGCGAGAUAGAGAAAAGGUCAGAAACAAAUAAAACAGAAAACGUCAAUGACAGUCAAAAUAAAGAGUUUCAUGCAGCAAUGAAUAAAUCAGCCAACAGCAAAGAAAACAAAAGGAAGAAGACCAAGAAAUCAAAACAGAGAGAUGAUGAGAACUGGUCAUAUGGCGAAGACCUGCAAACAAACCAGAUGUUUUCUGAUGAUACUCAGCAGGAAGAUAGUGAAAAGUAUUUUGCUGAGCAGUAUGAGUCUUGGACAAAGGUAAUUGGAAAGAAAAAUCAACAAAAGACAGACACACAGAAUGGUCCAAAGAAGCCUGGCAAGAAGAUUGAGAGGUCCAAACCUUCACCGCAAUAUACCAGUACGCUGAGAAUCCAGAAUUCUGAAUCACGUAGGUGGUCAGAUGUAUUGUGUCAGAGGCACCACCAAGAGACAGCGUACACCGAGAAUAAUAUACCAAAUCCUCGGGUGGUUGAAUCGGUUUCACCAAUCCAAACAGAUGAUUGGAAAGAAUUUCCUUCUCUCAAGCAAAGCAUGACAAGAAAGUGGGAAGACGAGGAGGAUUUUCCUGAAUCAAUGAAGUCUGAAUCCACAGCUGAGCAUUGGGACAGCGACGAGUACCUGGCGGCUAUUGCUAACGACCCAAGCGAAGAAGUCCCUGCAUGGGUGGAGUAUAGCAAACAAAACUCCACAGAAGUGGAAAGCGAUGUAUACUGGAUGGAUACGUCCGAGUUUGAAAAGAAUGUUCGCCACACCGUAGAAGAAGGUUUUUAUAAACUCAAACAGAUUGAUGUACCUUCAACAACUGUAUCUUCAUAUGAUGACCGUUCUUUGAAAACUGGAGACAAAAGAAUUGAAACCGAAUUCAGUACUCAAAACUCGGAAGUAUGCAAAAGCCAUCAGAAAGCCCAACACCCUGUAUCCUUUGAAGAUAACAAGAACAUUCCUUCUUUUGACAAAUCUCAAGAUUUACAAGAAGUUAAAGAUCAAUUGCAAGCUUCGAAUUAUAAAGGACACAGCAAAUCACGGAGGAAAGGCAAUGUUGAUAUGGGUACACUCUAUGACCCUUCCGAAAAUGCUGCGGGACUUGUUUUUCUAGCAGAUGCCAAUAGCGAUAUAAUGCUGUCCGAGAACGCUACCAUAACCCCAAUUGGAAAACAAAACACGUGCCCUUGGGGUAAAAUUCCAGCCCCUACUUUAAAAGAUGUUGCAGUUGAGUUUAUGAAUACCACAGUUUCAGAACCAGAAUUGAAUGCUUAUCAAAACUUUGAUCAGCAAGGAGAACAAAGCAGGAACAAAAACACAGGGAAUCACACUUACAAACAAGACGUAUUUGCAUUUAAAACGAGCUCGAAGCCCAACCCAAAUAUGAACAUUCAAGUACAAAGCGACGAUCAGUCUCUUUUCAGUUCAAACAGUUUUGAAAAUAACACCAAAAAACGUGUGGUAUGCAACACAGAACUCCCUUCGUGUCAUUCAAAUGACGUACAGCCAUAUAGAAAUAGGAUCAAAACAGAUAUUGAAAAUCUGGACACGAAAAAUAUUAACUUUGCCCCUUUUACCUCAGAUGUUGGUCUUAUUAACCACUCAAGUGAAGUAAAUCCAUCCAAGUCAGCUGAAACGACAGAAAAAUAUUCGUCUUAUGGAACACAAAACAAUUGUUCAGUGGAUAAAAAUUGUAGGAAAAUGACACUGGUUGAACUUGAAGCAGAACUUUUAAAGAAUACAUACGACGACGGACAGCAAGAACCCGUUGAAACAAAUAAUACCAAAGUAGCUGUCAUUAAACCUAUUGGCCAUGAACGUAAAUUGCAACAUGAGCAGUCCACAAAGCCCGGGCAGGCAGCUGAGAUCAGCAACUGGCAAGUACCUAACGGCGAUAGGGAAGGUGCAUUGAGAAGUUUUUUGGAUGGUUUGGAAGCUACUGGUAUUACCUUUUCACCUGACCCACGUCUGGCUCUUCAAGACAGGAACAAAGACCAAGAAGUGGAAACAAUUUCAGGAAACUGUCCUCUGGGAGACAGUAUACUUCGAAAUGCAUUGACUAUCAAACAUCAGCGUGAUGAUAUCGGCUUUCCUGAGGAACUACGCGAUGAAAAGGAUGAUAUACAUGUAAAUUCGUUUCCUGGAUUUCAUGAUCCUGAAGAAAAUCCUGCCGACGAAAGUCGACUAGCACUUAAUCGUCACAAGAUGGAGUUGAUACAAUUCAUUCAACUCCACAACUACUAUCGGCAGUUCAGCAACAAUCCCGCUGCUGUACAGACCAAUUACUUCCACGACUUCCAGUAUUACGCUUCUGCGCUAGGGUUAUCCAAACAAGAAGUUGAAAACAUAAUGCGCCAAGAAGUACUGAUGCCAACAGCUGAGAAUACCCCCCAAAACAACUUGAAUUCUCGAGAAAAUCAUGGUACACCUUGUAGUCCUAAUAUUUUCACUACAAAUCUCCAACCAAUUUCAAUGACCAAUGAUAGCCACGGUUAUAACACAGUACAACAGAGUGGACACUUGCAAAGUAGAGACACAAGGAAUACAGACAGGGAUGAGGCAUAUCGCAGCAGUGAGUUCUCAAUGGUAAACAAUGGAGAGGAACCAAAGCCGAAGGCCGUGUUUCCUCAAUCUACAAAGGCAUGCAUAAACGCAUGGAACAAAAGAAGCUGUAGAUGGAGAUCUAAACUGAAGGAGAUAUACGAACUACCAGAGCAUCUACGGCGACGUGUUGGGGAUAUCAUCCUUCCUGCACAAUAUGAGAAAUACAAAAUUUCGUACUCGGACGAGGGUUCCGUGCUUGGCUUUCUGUGUGACGGGUCAGAGGUGGCAGUCCAGCUGGUUGACCUUAAGAACCGUCCACUCGACAAAGGCUUCCUACAAACUUUAGUAUCAGAUAAUAUUAAUCAGUUCUUUCUUGUCAAGUAUAAGUCAUUCGUCAUAGUGGAUGAUGUGUGUUACUUGGCGAUGGAGCUACACGAGUACACCUUGGCUGAAUACACGAGUAUGCUGCGUCUGAAUCAGGGAGUGGACCCCCUAACGGUCACAAGGCUCACCUGGCAGCUCCUCAAGGGACUGACGUCACUGCACGAGAACUGUGGCAUUCCUCACGGAAAUAUCAUGCCCUCCAAUGUCUUGGUUGACACCGAAGGUAGACUUCGCCUCAGUGAGUAUGGUUUUCCAAGAAACACAUCGAGGCAAAUUCAGUUAAUGAAUAGUAAGGCGAUAUCAGAGGACAGGAGUUGUUGGACCCCAACAGAAGUAAUGACCGAGUCCGAGGCCUACUCCAUCAAGUCAGAUAUACAGGUUGCUGGUAUGAUGAUUUGUUAUAUUAUGUCUGGCGGGAUGCACGCUUAUGGUGAGAACAGUCUAGAGAUUACAGUCAGUAUACAGGCCAACUGGCCAAAGAUCUCCCAUCAGAACAAGGAGUUGGCCAGCCUUGUGUCUGACAUGCUCGUUAUGCCUCCCACGGAACGACCAGAGUUUCCUGACAUUCUCAAACACCCUUAUUUCUGGGCCGAUGAGAAAAAGCUCCGAUUUGUUCUGAUUGCUGGGUCAGAUGUUCUUAGAGACAUGAAACAUGGAGUGCCUACAUCUGGAGCUGUGAGUGGUGCUGUUACGAUGAUAGAUAUACUGAAUUCUGCCGAGCAGGACGAGACUAUGAAUGAAUGGACCAGUCAUGUGGAGCCGAUACUGAUGCAGGAGAUGAGGUCAUUCCGUCAGUACAAGUGUACUCUUGUAGAGCUGGUUCUGUUUAUCUACAACUGUUGUCUCCACUUCGAGAAGCUAACUGAAGCUGCCCGUGAGAUUUUAGAAGAACCGACCAAGUAUUUCCUCUCCAAGUUCCCAAGCCUCUUUAUGUCUGUAUUUAAGGCGAUCAAAGCCAGUAGUCGGCGGGAGAAAGUCUGUUACAAACCCUUCUUCUGAGCGGAAGACCACCACCAGUUUAUUAGAAAACAGUUUAUUUCGAUAUAUCUCAAUUGUAUUCUAUUCAAAUUAAA